GAAGAAUUCUUUCGAUAUCGUAGUACCUGUCUCAAUGGAAACAGCAAGUGGAUCAUGUGCUUUUAGGCGUAGGUCUCUGGAGGACUGUUGAUUGACUUGGGCCCACUUGUUCCAUGAGCCAUGUGUUCACACCAGGAACUAGUAUGAGAGCUGCUGUUGUUAGCAUAUCCAGUCUUCUUCACUAAAGAAGAUAAAGAAGGCAAGGCUGCAGAAUUUCCUUACUUGAAGCUCAAACAGCAGCAGUAUAAUGCAGGCUGGGCACAAAAACCCUCUCAAACCAAAUCCUAUUCUUCUUUUUUCUGCUUGUUCUGCAGUAUUCACGGUUUUUAAGGCCAUCUAGCCCCAAGGUGUACAAUAGUGCUUCCAGUAUUUUCAGUCUACGUAGCCACUUACUCAAUAUUGUCUUAUUUUUGCAUUUUCUUUCCAAAGGGGACAAAGCGAUUGUAGUUUCAGCAACCCAAAGUUUCAACUUCAUUUUCAAUGGGCUGUUUGUGGAUUCCAGUUUAUUGCUGAAGGUAUGCACAAAAUGCAUACUUUUCCCUCCUCUUCAAUUACGUCCUAGGAACAGGCACCAUACGUAUGAAGCAAGCUGGUCUUCUGUUUCCUGAUCUCCUGAUACUGUGUCAGAGAGAGGUGGGGCCACAUAUUUCUGGUCUUCAGCUGUUUCCAUUACACACAGGGCUGGAAAGGAUUGACGACCUGAAUGGCAGAAGAACAUGAUAUCUGGGUAAACUGCAAACAAGGCAAGGUCUGAGGGAAGAGCUGAGAGAUUGCAAUGCAAGGAAGAGCUGGAGGAUUUCUUUGUCUAAAAGGGUGAAGAGCAGUCUUUUCACUUUACAGUACAAUUUCCUGAUUUUCCCAUAGACUUCACUGCAGUAUUCAGGAAAUAGCUUGAAAGUGAAGGUACUGCUUAUGAAGGAGUUAUUUUGAAGGUAGAGAGAGGAGAGACAGAGGACUGCAGGGUAGGCAGAGAGGGAGCAAUGAAGUGAAAGAGCUGAGCUGUACAGGAAGGAGUGGCUACACUGUGGAAAAGGAGGAACACGAGGGAGGGGCUGCAUGACAUAGUGGACAACACAGGGGUAGAAGUAGAGUGUGGGCCCAAACAGCUAACAGGGAAGCACUCAGGGUGUCCUUCAAAAUUUAUAGUUCUUAAAAUAUCAUGCACAACACAUCCAUUCUUUCUGUAUCUCACAAUUUGUGACUGCAUUCAACCUUCCUACAUGCUAACUGGCCCAGAGAACUGCUCAAACGUGCUGAAACACCAUUUACACAGGAUGGAUCUUCACUACUUUCAUAUGAAGCUUGCAAAAAACAGCUUUAACAAUGCUUCCAAGUGUCAGAAAAAGGAAAUGGAGGAUCAUUUACAAGGUUGCAUGUGUGAACCAUCCCCCGUGUUUUACAUUUAUGAGAAAAAAGAGACUGGAUCCCAGUACUGGGAAGACAAAUCCUUUUGGAAGCAGUUACAAUUUUAGUCAAAAGAAAAAUGAUGGAUGAAUGCAAAUAAGGCCUCAUAAAUUAGACCUUGAAAGGAAAUGUAUAGAAGGCAAGGGGAACUGUGCAUGGUAUGCCUCAGUGCACAUACAGAAAGGUGAUAAAGAAACCUGCUCAAUGCAUUAACGCAGGCUCAUCAUCUUCUACUGAGGCCGUAGACGUCGUCGUAGACAUGAUACGUCAUCAUCUGCAGAGGAGAGGCCUCCCGGCCCAGAGACCGCAGGAGAGGAGGAAGUCGGUGGUGGAGGACAGCAAGCGGCAGCUCGUCCCGUUGACUCCAAUAGAGGUCGUCAAGCAAAAGCCAGAGGGAGUCGGGGAGCACGCAGCGGUCGUGUUCGUGGUUCCAGGGGCUCCACCAGAACGGAUGAGGAGGACUUCUGCGGUUUGAUUAUCGACAAUGAACUCCUCAUCCAGAUGGUGGAGGACAGACCACCACUGUGGGACCACACCGACCGCCGCCAUGCAGACCAUCAUGCUACCCAGCUCCUCUGGCUCGAGAUAUGUGAGGCAAUAGUGCCAAAUUGGGACAACCUCAAUAAAAAGUCAACUGGAGGAAUGCCGGACGACAAUCCUGGUGCGGUGGCGGUUAAUGAGGGACCACUAUAAGAAGGACUAUAACGAGGAGGUCAAGUGCCCGAGUGGUUCAAGAGCAAGCCAAAAGCGGCUGUACCGGUAUGCGGCCACAUUAGGUUUUCUUCGUAGGACCCUACAACUGCGAAGCACAUCAAGCAGUACUCGGGCACCCAAACCUCCUCAUGAAGUCCUUCCAGAGGCUGGAGCACCAGAGGCGGUCCCCGAAGAGCCGCCCACCGCAGGUCCCUCUCGUCCCACUCCAACAGCUGGUCGGGACCUCAAUGUUCCCCUACCUGUACCCUCUGGCGACUCAACAAUGGCCACAAUGGCACCACUUUUUGAGGCAUUGAUGCGUCGCCAGAGGACCAGUAGGAGCCGUCAGGCGGACUACGAGGAUCUCACAAGGCUCGUUUACAAGUCCUUGAUGGGAUUCACCAAUAGAGUUACUGCUUUGGAGGACACAGUGCGACGUCUGCAGGAGGGGGAAGUGCAUACGUCGCAGUUGGGUCUGGUGCAUCACUAUUGGUUAUCGUUGCUCCCCGUGAUGGAACGAUUUACGCCCGACCAGCUGUUUGAGGCCCGAAGACAGAUGGACAGUGUCUUGUGGCAAGUACAGCACCGCCCUACAUCCUAUCCCCCGUCCAUUCCCUAUCACCCAUCCAUGCCCUAUCCCCCAUCCAUGCCCUAUCCCCAUCCAUGCCCUAUGCCCCUUCCCAGCCUCCCCAUCCCCAUUCCCAAUCCACCGAGCACUUUGCUCAACACUUUUCUCCUUCUCCUCCUCGUUACUUUCCUGCAACCAGUUUCAACACUCCCUCUACUCUUGCUUGGUCAACUCCUUCUCCUGCUCCCCCUUCCAGAUUGCAUACUCCCUCUGUUGUGCUUGCCCCAACACACACUUAUAUGUCCACAGGGGCACAGGAACAGGACCGAGGGAGACCAACCAGUGUUUGGCCCUCCACCACCCAACCUUCUACUCCAACAGAGGUUAUUGGAUGCACCCAAUAGCUACGCUUACGACGCCGUCUGGCUCGAAGACGUCUUCUCCAGCGUGAAUCCAGAAUUAGAGCCUGAAAUCCAAAAACAAAUAUGGUCUGGCAUCAUCUUUGCAAUCUGCAGAGGGAGCUUCUGAGUGGAACACUAUGGAUAGUUAUGGAAAGUACAUAGCAGUUGCUCUGGUGUUUUUCUCAGUCUGUAUGCAUGUCAGUCAUUCCUUCCCUGAAGAUAAUUUUCUGGCCCCAGCUUGCUCAGAAUGCAGACUCAAGCAAAAUGCAUAUUUUUCAAAUAUUGGGAAAGGACCGAUAUUUCAGUGCAGUGGAUGCUGCUUCUCCAGGGCUUACCCUACCCCAAUGAGAUCAAAGAAGACAAUGCUGGUGCCAAAGAACAUCACUUCUGAGGCUAAGUGCUGUGUGGCAAAAACACAAUCCAGGGUGACAAUAAAUGGUAUGAAGAUUGAGAAUCACACUGCUUGUCACUGCAGUACAUGCCUCUACCAUAAAUUUUAAAUGUUACAU